AUGGAAGGCGAGACAUCGGCCGCCGAAAUCGCCAUCCAGCCUGGCCAGCUGGCUUCCAAUCUCAAUGGACAGAGCUAUGUCCAUGGGAUUCCGCUGAACUACACUAUCGGCAUCGAGCUCAACGUCCUCAAGGCCGGCUCCAAGCUCUUCGGGGCCCGCGGCGGAAACUCGAGCUUUCCAGGUCUCCUCCCAAGCCCAGAGGAGCUCGAUCCGAAGCCCGACGGCAAUUCGGCUCAGGGCUACAUAUGGGUCGGCAUGGUGCCGAGCCACGGAAUACUUGCCAACUACAACGCCGCCGUUGGUGCCAAGGCUGAGGGUACGACCAGCACGAGUGCCAAGAAAGGCCGACGUCCCGGUGCCGGAGGUGGCGGGCUUCUACCUCCCAUCGACAAUGACCCGAACGCCCUGAGGGUGGUGGUGAACAAAUCGACCAAGAACCUGCAGUUCUACAAGCUGACUACGCGCGACGCCUCCACCAAUCUGUGCAUCAAGGAAACGUUGCCGAAGGAGCACGUCUUCUUCUUCCCUUCGUUUCUCGAUCCCGAGGUUCGAGGAGUGAAGGCCCGCAAGACUGCCUUGAGCGACGAGAUCGACAAGAGAGCGAAUGGCACUGGCCCAGGAACGACACCGCAGAGCAAGCGGCCAAAGGCCGCAGCCCCAACCGCCAAGACUCCCGGGCCCGGGAAGGUAGACAAGUCGAGCGCGAAGCCGAACCCUCCCAAGACCCCGACCCGCCAUGUGGUCGAGAAGUCGACCGGUCCGGCUUCCUCCCAAAGCAGCACUGUCCAGAAGGAGAACCAGACUCCCGGAAAGAUACCUAAAGACAAGGCAUCGGGAUAUCAGAACACUCAAAUUGCUCAGCCCAAGAAUAGCUCCCCAGCCAGAAAGGAGGCUGCGAUUGCUCUGCAGUCUAGCGUCAACGGCGCCCAGCCUCGUGCCAUCGCUCCACCCACAGCUCCCGCUCGACAGGAAAUGGUCGAGAAUAGACGUCCCCAGAACUACAAUAUCCCGGGAUGGCUGGACGCACCUCUCGAGCAUGCUCCUCAUCAUCCAGUGGAAACCCCCAGCACCGUAACAAUCAUUGCCGAUGACGCCUCGCCGACCAGUGGCUAUACCUCGCGAGCCAGAAAAUCUGCACCUGACUUUGCCGAGACGCCCUGUCGGCCUCAUCAGCCCGGCCGUCAUCCAAGCCAGAGACCGCCUUCCAAUCCGCCUUCCAGCACGAAGACUCCUCUAGGAGAGGGCCUUUGCAACAACCAUGCAUACAAGCAAAAUAUGGCGAGAAACCCGGCAUCGUCUUGGGCCGCCGGAACCACUGGUAGCAUGCAGCCCACAAAGACUGCGUACGGAGAGGGCAUGGCGAGUGACUCGACGUCUUCCUGGGCCUCGGGCCCUCCUGGAAACAGGCAGCCUACCAACAAUGCGUAUGGAAAGGAUACGGUGCUGUACCCGGUGCCGCCUUGGCCCUCGGGAGCUGCCAGUGACAUCUACUCUUCCAACAACAACCAUGCCAGCAAUCAUGGAAACGACUACGCCAACCGCGCCAACUACGCGAACGGCUACGCCGGCGGCUACGUCAACAGCUACACCAACAGCUACGCUAAUAACUUUGCCAACAACAACCUUGCGAACAACCAUACCUUCAACUAUGCCAACAGAGCUGCCAACAACGUGCAUGAACCAGAUAUUGUGGACUUCCAGAUGCACCCCCCAGCCUUUGGAGCUCACAGGAUCAUGCAGGCUAGCGACGGAGGGUACGGACAGGCCGAGUUCCAUCAUGGUGGCUCCGACUCAAACCAGUACCUUGGCGCGGAUGCAGUCGCGGGGCUCCCUGCUCCUGGCGCUCACAAUCUCAACGGCGGGAUCGCGGGAGGCACGAGUACUGGCUUCCACAAAUCGCUCGCGGGCAAUGACACGGGGUUCCCCCCGGGAUAUGAGGAUGUCGAUAUGCAGCACUACAAGACGCCGUCUCAGUGCAACUCUCUGCUCGUGCAGUGCGGGGCCGAGACAGACUGCCCUCAGCAGCAGGAUAGCCACCGUGUCCCGAGCCAGCGCCCUCUCCAGAACGCCGGCCACUCGUGGAGGCACGUGAACUCGGGCGGCAGUCACCGCAACCAUGCCAACCCGCAGCUUGGCUGGGGUGGGGUGCGCAAGCCAGGUACGAGGGGCAUGCAUCGGCGCGUGGGGGUCCCGAGAGAAGACCCGAUCAAGAUGCUGCUGGAUAUGGCGAUGGAGCUCAAGGCCAACAACAAGGCCUGCAUCAUCAACCAGCUUGCCGCGAUCGCCCAGAGCCUUAGCAACAACGACGCUUUCAUCAACCUCGACGGUUGCAUUGGGGCGCACUUCAGGUGCCCUGCGGGAGAGCUGACGCCAGAGGCUGUUGGCCCGCUCUAUGAACAGUUCAUGAAGAUGUUCCCGGACCUUCGCGGGGACUUCGCAGUGGCCGAGUUCGGGUUCAUGCUGAACGGCAUACGCGAGGCCAAGCUCAUGAUCGAGUUCAAGCGGAUCCGGCAGUUCGUCUGGGCUUUCGUCGGGGAUGUCCGGGCCCGCAUCGCGAGCGACCCUGCCUUCUCCAGCUCCUACAGGGGGCCUCCGAAGAUUGCCAAGGAAGAGGCGAAGAAGAUGGCGGAGAACGCGCAUGACCGGGCCGGGUGCAUUGUCCCAUCGCCUUAUGACGCCGCGAAAUUUGCCUGCAUCGGACAGCAGCACAUGAAUAUGAACAGCCCAGACGAUGAGGAUGCCUCCACCAUCUACAUGAGCGCCACUACCGCCAGCACCAUUGGCGAGGAAGACCAGAAUGCCCAGUGA